AUGGGAGAUCUUAUGAAAAGACAAUUCAGCAUCCUAGAUUUAUCUGGAAAGAAAUUUUUGGAAUGGAAAGUGGAUGCCAUGAUGAAUUUAAAAGCUCAAGGGUUGGAGCACACUAUUAAAGAUAAUAAAAGACCCUCUGGUCAAACAAUUGAUGCUACCACUUCUGCAAUGACGGUUGUAAAACCUGUAACUGAACAAGAAAAGGCAAAAGUCUUAGUGUUACUAAGGCAUCAUUUACAUGAAGACCUUAAAACUGAGUACAUGAUGGUUGAAGAUCCCAAAGAAUUAUGGGAUUGCCUUAAUGAAAGAUUUAGACACCAUAAAAGGGUGCUACUUCCUAAGGCAUUAUUUAACUGGACAAAUUUACGGUUUCAGGAUUUCAAAUCUGUAAUUGAUUACAAUUCAACCAUACAUGUGAUCAUCAAGUCCCCGAUGAACAGAUGA